AUGAUGAAGGCCCUUGUGACUACGACAGGGAAGCGACGACGAGUGGAAGGCGUGUCGUUGUCCCCACCACCCUCUGUUUCAUGUGAAGAUGAUCAGGAGCAGGAUUGUACAAUUGCUACUACAAGCUGGAAGAAACGGCGACUGGAGUCGAUAAUUAUGAGAAAAGAAGAGGAGAAACAAGCAAAUGUGUAUCAAUCAGAGCCAGAAAAGAAGGAGAAAAAGAAGAAGAAGCAAGAGCAGCAGACGUUAUGUAUUGUCAAGAGACGACGUUGUAUAACCCCACUAUCGGAAGAGAAGACAAUAGAGGAAGAAAAAGUGAAGAGACGUCGAAUAGAAGAAGAGCAGCAUACGAUCUCCCCUCCUCCUGUUUUACCAGCUUCUCCAUUAGCUAAGUUAAAGGAAGAAGAAGAUGAUGACGAAGAAGAGAUUGUAAAGGAGAACAGAAGAGAUGAUGAUGAUGGUGAUGGUGCUGCUGCUGCCGCAUCUACUAAUUUGGAUGAGUUUCUUGUGAGCUCACAGGGAAGUGAUGCUGAUCUUGUAGCAUCAUGUGCGAAUCUUAAGAAUGAUAUUGUAACUUGCAGUCAAGACUCCCAGAACACGAGUGAGAUGGACAGAGUACGACAUCGUACCUUGCUUCGUUCAGUUCAAGUGACACCACCACCUUCAGCUCGGAUGCUGGAUAGGAAAAACCCACCACCUCCACCAAAGAGACCAAAACGCCGUAAUUAUGGUGGUAUUGUCUAUGCACGGACAUAUCCACGACUAGCGUUGUCUCCACUUGUUGAUGAUUCACCACCGAAUUCUCCUCGUGUGUUUCGAUCGUUGGAGAAUGAAUUUGCCUUUGCUAUGCAAGACACGCCUGAGAUUCGACCUCGUGUACGACCAGCACCAAGGAUGGCACGAGGAUCAAGGCGGUCGACGCGUGCAGGGUAUUCACGAGCUCGAAGGUCUCUGGAUACUCCCACCUCGACGAUGGUAUUGAGGUCACGACAGUUAAAUCCAAGUCUGAGUGCAGAUGGAGGCAAACCUGAGAACCAGCGCGAACGAGAGCAACGUGAUGCUCAACGUCGUCAAUGA